AAGACGCAGAGAGCGGAGGGACCCUGAACACAACAAACAUCUGGACAGAGGUCGUGAAGUGGGCGGGGCUACUGCAGAAAAUAGUUCCAGCGUUCUGGAUGCCAGAGGAGUGGAGACAUGUCGAGCGUGGCGGGCCAGCUGGCGCGGCAGGAGGCCCGGCGGCGGGACGGCACCGGCAGCAACAGCAACGCCGUCCCGUUCCAGCAGCAGGACUUCCAGCAGCUGAGGAGCGCCUGCCUGCGGGACGGGGUGCUGUUCUGCGACCCCGCCUUCCCCGCCGACUGGAGCUCGCUGGGAUACAACCAGCUGGGACGCUACUCGUCCAAGACCACCGGGCUGGAGUGGAAACGACCCACGGAGCUGUGUUCCAAUCCUCAGUUCAUCAUUGGAGGAGCCAAAAGAACAGACAUCUGCCAGGGAGCACUGGGGGACUGCUGGCUCCUGGCAGCCAUCGCCUCUCUGACUCUGGACCCUCAGAUCCUGGCGCGGGUCGUCCCGUCCGGGCAGGGCUUCCAGCAGGACUACGCCGGCAUCUUCCACUUCCAGCUGUGGCAGUACGGGGACUGGGUGGACGUGGUGGUGGACGACCGGCUGCCCACCAGAGACGGGAAGCUGCUGUUCGUCCACUCGGCCGAGGGCAGCGAGUUCUGGAGCGCCCUGCUGGAGAAGGCCUACGCCAAGGUGAACAGCUCGUACGAGGCUCUGUCCGGAGGCUCCACCCUCGAGGGCUUUGAGGAUUUCACCGGUGGCAUCGCGGAGACGUACGACCUGAAGGACCCUCCCCCACACCUGUUCCCGCUCAUGAGGAAGGCCCUGAGGCUGGGCUCGCUGCUGGGCUGCUCCAUCGACAUCAGCAGCUCGUACGAGACGGAGGCGAUCACCGGACAGAAGCUGGUGAAGGGUCACGCCUACUCCAUCACCGCGGCACAGGAGGUGCAUGCGUACGGCUCUGCGGUGCAGCUGCUGAGGAUCAGGAACCCCUGGGGCCAGGUGGAGUGGACCGGAGCCUGGAGCGACGGCUCGAGGGAGUGGGACGCCGUCCGUCCGGAGGAAAAGUCCAAGCUGGAGCACUCAGCCGACGACGGAGAGUUCUGGAUGUCGUUCUCGGACUUCCUGCGUCAGUUCUCCAGGCUGGAGAUGUGCAACCUGACGCCCGACACACUGAGCAGCGACGAGGUCGGACGCUGGAGCUAUUCUCAGUUUGAGGGCGCCUGGCGGGUCGGCUCCACAGCCGGAGGCUGCAGGAACUACCCAGCCACCUUCUGCUCCAACCCUCAGUUCGUGAUCCGGCUGCAGGACGUGGACGACGAGCCUCACGACGGUGAGGACGGCUGCACCCUGCUGGUCGGCCUGAUGCAGAAGGACGGACGCAGGGAGCGGCGCUUCGGGCGGGACCUCAACACCAUCGGCUUCGCCAUCUACCAGGUGCCCGAGGAGUACAGAGGCCGCAGGAACGUCCACCUGGGGCCGGACGUCCUGCUCAGGAGCGCCGCCGUGGCCCGCAGCCGCACCUUCAUCAACCUGAGGGAGGUGUGCGACCGCUUCAAACUCCCCCCCGGAGAAUACGUCAUCAUCCCGUCGACCUUCGAACCGCACCGUAAAGGAAGCUUCGUCCUGAGAGUCUUCACCGAGAAACAGGCCGACUCCAGUCCCAUGGAGGAAGAUGUGGAUGCUGACAUUGAUGAGCCUGACGUCAGACAAAACGAUGUGGAUCCUCACUUCAAACACCUCUUCGUCCAGAUCGCUGGAAAUGACUUGGAAAUUUCAGCCUUUGAGCUUCAGCAGAUUUUGAACAAGGUGGUCGUUCAGAGAUCUGACAUCAAGACGGACGGUUUCAGCCUGCAGACGUGCCGCCACAUCGUCAGUCUGAUGGACAGGGACGGCUCGGACAAGCUGGGCCUGGUGGAGUUCCACGCUCUCUGGACCAAGAUCCAGAAGUACCUGGAAAUCUUUAAGGGCCACGACUCGGACGGCUCCGGCUCGAUGAGCAGCCAUGAGAUGCGAGCAGCGCUGGCUGAGGCUGGUUUCCAGGUGAACAGCACCGUGAUCCAGGAGAUCGUGAGCCGAUACGCCGACGAUCAGUGCGCCAUCGACUUCGACUGCUUCGUGGGCUGCCUGAUCCGCCUGGAGACGCUGUUCAAAAUGUUCAGGACCCUGGACAAGAAGAACCAGGGUAAAAUCGAACUGGACAUUCAGCAGUGGAUCUGCCUGGCCAUCAGCUGAAGCUGCUGAGAUUGAACUGGCCUCCUGUAAUCUCAACCUGACAGAUUAAUAAUUAAAUGCUGUAA